UGGCAACUAACCAAGCGAUAGCUAACCAAGCAGCAACUAACCAAGUGGUAGCUAACCAAGCGGCAAUUAACCAAGUAGCUAACCAAGCAGCAACUAACCAAGUGGUUGCUAACCAAGCAGAAAAUAAUGAAUAA